UUCACAAUGAACCGAACUCUCAAAACUCUCAAAUCAAUGAGUUUGAUGGCCCUAACCAAUUUAAUCAACAACUUUUCGUUGGUCCCAACCAUCAUAUUGGAUCUUUUCAACAACAUUCUCAUUACAUUGGGCCUGUUCAACAUCCUCAAAUUAUAAAUGGACCGGCUCAGCAACCACUUAUUUUGAAUGGACUUCACUGCCCUCCACCCCCUCUUAUUAAUGGAUCCGACCAACUUCCUCAAAUCGCUGAGAUAAACAAUAUUAAUAAUAUAAAUAAUAUUCCACCUGCUAAUCAGCACAUUCAAUACCCUAAUAGUCAAGCCACAAAUUUAUUUAAAAAUUACUCGAUUCAACCCCCGUUGACUCCCAUGCAAGCCAACAUCCAAAUCAAUAAUAACCUCCAAAGACAACAAUCAUUCACGUCUCAAGCUUCAAAUACGGCUGAUCAGCGCUUACAAGACUUUAGAAAUUGUAAUUGUCAAAAGUGA